UAGACUAGUCGCCAUCAACGACACCAGGUCGUAUUUGCCAAGAUCAUCUCUGGCGUUGGCAUUGGCAAGGGAGAAGGGGAGAUGGUAGGCCAUUAUUUUGCGCUCCUUUUUUAGCGAGUCCUGACUUCACUGCAAGCAGGCGAUAUCUAACAUCAACAGUCAUGCUUGAAUCAUCAUGCAGCGCCUUCAUUCGUUUAGUCAAUUGCGACAUGCAUCCCCACUGAAACUUUUUGCCCUCGCUGCCGCCUUCAUCUUGGUGUCCGCCUCCCUCGUGUUCUACUCCAGACCUGUCAGUCCCUCUGAUAUUGGCCUCGUUCCCUCGCUACCCUCCAGCAACAACGAAAUAGAAAACAAAGGCACUUGCUAUGUCGACCUCGACCUCUUGAGAUCUCACGGGUACAAUUCUACUGCGAAAUACGCACGGCUCGAGAUAGCCGUGAGGCGGACAGCGAAUUUUACGGGAUUCUCUGACACCUUGCCUACUCGUUUCCCCGCUUAUCAGAAGAUUCGUUUGGACACAGCCGAGCAAGAAGCACCGUUGUCACCGGAGACAUGCUCUCCCGCAGUGACCAUUCAAGCUCCAUUACCGGUCGCACCACCCAACGCGUCCCACAUCCUGUUCGGCGUUGCGACAACACUGGGAAGGCUGGAUGAUUCCCUGCCUGCAUUUGCACACUGGGCGGCAGGAACGGACGCUCGCAUAUAUGCUUCGGUGGACUCCGACGAUGGCUCGGCAAUAAGAAGGGUGCAGCAACGAGCCAAGGAAUUGGAUGUCCGUUUGACUAUAAUUCUAUCGGAUGAGGAGCGACUGGAUCAGUACUUCUCUCUACUCCGGGUUCUGCUCAAGCACCGUGAUGCAUCGACGCAGUGGGCUGUCUUGAUCGACGACGACACCUUCUUCCCUUCUAUGCGGAAUCUGGUGGACAGACUCGCAACCUACGACGCGACGAAGCCACAGUAUGUCGGGGCUGUGACGGAGGAUCUCGCACAAGUGUUCAGUUGGAGUUAUAUGGCCUUUGGAGGUGGUGGGAUCUUCCUCUCAAUACCACUCCUUGAGCAACUCGACAAGGUGUACGAUGAUUGCAACAGCUUCAAAACCACCGGCGACCGAAGAGUCGCCAGGUGCAUCUACACGCACACACACACGAAACUCACCUGGGACCGCGACCUGUAUCAGCUGGACCUCCAAGGGGAUGCUUCUGGCUUCUACGAGUCCGGUCGCCCGCUGCCGCUGUCGGUCCAUCACUGGAAAUCAUGGUUCCAUGCAGAUAUGGUUGGGCUCGGCCAGGUUGCGGCCGUCUGCGGCGACGCUUGUCAACUGCACCGUUGGCGCUUGAAGGACAACUGGUUCCUCGUGAACGGGUUCUCCAUGAUUAAGUAUACUUCACCCAGGAAUGUUGAUCUGAUGGAGAAGACCUGGGAGGAUAGUAAAUACAGAGGCGGGGACGGCUUCGCAUUCAGUCUGGGUCCAUUUCGCCCAAGGGAUGAAGGCAAGGUGUCCUUUCGCUUGCAGAACGCAACUCAACACGCAGGGUCUGUUCGACAGGUCUAUAUUCAUGACUUGGGGCCUGAGAAGCCUCCCGAAGUAUUGGAAGUAGUCUGGACACCUGCAUCUGGGUGACGUUGCCUUCUGUCCAAGUUCUUCUACAAAAAUCGUUGAAUGUCUUAUCGGUACAGAAUACUCUCAGAGACUUCUAGCAUUAAGGUCGAAGCAUACUCGUUCUUUGUUCUGAUGCGACUUAGCAAUGGCGGAGUUGUUGUUACUUUGAUGUCUCUGGCUACGUAGCGAAUAAUAAACUGUCGAAUUGAGUUUGC